AUGUCGGACCCACGCGUCACUGUGACGCUUGUCCCCCUUUUCGAAGACACCCAUCCUAUGCGUACCCUCACUAUCACCGACAAUGAUAAGACCGUGGCCAUCGGACGUGCCUCGAAGCGUGAGACUCGAAAACGGAGUCCCGCAGCAGAGAACGCUUGGUUUGAGUCUCGGGUGAUGUCUCGUGACCAUGCCUUUCUUAACAUUCCGCCGGGCCAAAAUAUGGCUUUCAUUACCGACUGUGGCUCAACGCACGGAACUUACUUGAAUGAUGCCAAGCUGGUGACAGAUGUGGAUACCCCGCUGUCCAGUGGAGAUAUUAUCCGAUUUGGUGUCGAUGUUGACCGUGGUCAGGAGGUUUUUGAGGCCAUCGAAGUCCGGUGCCAGAUUCAGUGGCUCAAACCCCAGCUUGUGGCCAUUCCAGAUUAUGGCAAUGCCAUCAAACCGGAUCCAAGUCCGUCAACCAACAGCUUCUCUGUCCCCGAGGACGAUAGCGAUGCCGAAGCUGCCGAUGUCCCCAGUGAUGACUCUAAAGAGUCGGUUGCUCUAUCUUGGGAAACCACUGUUCUGCAGCCUGUGGACACAUCUCUUGUCUCUCCUGUCUCGAGUGUCCAAUGCGACGAACAUGCAAAGGACGAGCCGGAGCUCCAUUGGGACGGGUUGUCUCCUACUGAGGAGUCUAUUACAAAGACUGUGCCCGGUACUACAAUACUGGUCCCGGAUCUUCCUAGUCUACCGUCUGAUACCAAACUGGUCUCAGAUGCCAAACCAUCUCCCGUGAAGCCGGCCUCUACCGAACCUCCUUCUGCUAAGCCACACGAGGCAGAUAGUCUCCCUGCAGUCUGUUACCAGAAAGUACCGGAAAUCCAAUACAGCGAUUGGAUCAUGAUGCGGCCGAUGUUCAUGCGCUUGGCAGACAUGGCUUGGGGUGAAUCUAAUAUAAUACCCGACGUUGACCAUGCCAGACGCAUUAUCCACGCUGCGCGCCGUUGUUCUCUUUCCAAAGAUUCUUACUGGGUAGACGACUCCCUUAGCUUCAAGCCUUGCAUUGGGACAGAAGUCUGUUGGGAGCCUGACUCCGAGGAAUCAGACACAUCAUUCCAUCGUAUGCCCGGCAGCCUCCUUAGGUACUGGUCAGUCGAUAAGCGAAGGUAUUGGAUCAUCUACGAAGACGAAGACGGCCAGGAUACGAGCAAUUGGUGGUGGAUCGUUGAGAAGCCAGAGGAGCUUCUCAGCGAGGAACUGAAACAGGAGCUCGAGACUGAGUCAGAGGUUGAUGACUGCCACAAAUGCUGGGUCGUGAGGGCCUGGGAGCCCCAAAUGAUCGGAGAUCGAUGGUGCGAGGUGACUCCUUACUGGGAUCCGAAAUUUUACCAUGAACAUAUGCUCUCUGAUGACGAGUCCGUUGAUUCAGACGAAGAAGCCCAGGGCAGUGAGGGAUAUGUGUCUGAGUCAGACGGUCUCAGUGAUUCGAUCUCAGAGAACUACGACAGAUAUCUGUAUGAGAUGGGCGACAGCGAUGGCGCCAACUAUGAGGUGUCGGCACAAGACUUCGACGAAGAGGACGAAGGGGAAGAUGAUGACGAGGUCUUGGAGGAAGAUAACGAGGUCUCUGAUGAAUCCGAAAACGACUCUGAUUGUUCCUCUGGGGACGAACGUCUUGAAAAUCGUCUUUCGCAGAAGCCUGAUCUCCGCCCCGUGCUUGAUCUGGAGUAUAUGAAGGAACUUGGACGCACCAAUCACACUGAUGCCGUCGAAGUGUCCAAGCAUCUACCCGAAGAGACUGACACAGGACCAUUGUUCUCUGAGGCUCUUGGGGGUCAGUCAGUGAACCCCUCACAGAUCGAGAGCAACCCAUCGAUGUCGCAGACUGCCCCUGGUAUGACAAACCCAGGUUCUCGGUUCCCGACAUACGCUGUUUCUGGUGAGCUGCCAAGAUCAUGUCAAAACAAAUACCCACCAAUGCACCGGAAGAUUGAGAGCACUGUUGGGGUACCAUCCUUGUCCCAUGAAUUUGAGAAUCGCUAUCAGGAUGGACCGUUCUCGACUAGUGCUUCCAUGGAAGAUGCCUUUGUGCCCUACCUGGCAACGUCUAAAACAUCAAAUUUGAAGCGUACUGCAACAGAGAUGCAAUCGUCGUCUCCUGAACCCAGUCUUUCUCAAGAUGCUCAGUGGCUGCCUGCAGAGCCAGCCAGUCAGCCAGAUCUCAACUCCAACACUAUUCCUUCCGAUGCCAAGGAUGCGAUUAGCUCUGCACUUGCAGAGAAUGAGCGUCCGGCAAAGCGAAUCAAGGCCAAUCAUCCAACCUCAAAGUCCUUGGCAAGCCACGCCACCACGGCUGUCGUUAGCGCUGUGCUGGGUGGUCUGGGAACUAUCGCUAUGCUAGCAGCCUUGCCAAAUGAAUACUUCCAAUGA